AUGCUGAAGACACUUCUGGUUCUCCUGCUAACCGUUUCAAGAGAAAGUAGCCCGACCGCAGCCUGCAGCAGCAGCUGUUCAUCAGACUGUGACUGUUCCAACAGAGGCCUCAGCAGUGUUCCUCAGGACCUGUCUAGAAACAUCACUAAGCUUAACCUAGAGGGCAAUAGUAUCACAAGCUUGAGUCAGUCUGAUUUCUCAAAGUACACAAAGUUGGUAGACUUAUUGUUGCAGAAAAAUCAAAUUUCCAUAAUUAAUCCCGGUACAUUCUCAAAUAUGGCCGACCUCAUAUGUGUGGACCUGCACUCCAACAAGCUAAGUAACAUCCUGCCAGGCACAUUCAAAAAUAUUCCAAAGCUUAGAAUGUUGUGGCUGUACUACAACCCACUACCGGACAUUAAGUCUGGUACAUUCUCAGAUUUACCCGAGCUCACUAGUAUGCAGCUAGUGGGCAAUCAAAUGCGUAGCAUUCACCCUGACAUAUUCUUAAACGUGCCUAAGCUUAAAACGUUGUACAUGUGGGACAACCCCUGGCACUGUGAUUGUAGAAUGAAACCUGUCAGGAAAAGGAUAACUGAGACAAAGUCCCCCUUCAAAAAACAAAUUACAUGUCAAGAACCUAGCAACGUCCGCGGUAAACAGCUUGACCGUAUAAACCUCGAAGAUCUGAUAUGUCAAAAACCUAAGAUUGUGAGCUUUAACAAUAACAAAGCACAGGGGGAGACUCUAUAUUUGUCCUGUGAAGCGUUAGGUGUGCCCCCUCCCAGUGUAAUUGUCACCCUCCCAUCUGGACGGAUUGCAACUGCUGAGUCCAGUGGAAUGGUGACUGUGGCAGUGAAUGGUACAGUCACCAUAACCAAUAUUACUGUAACAGAUGCUGCAGCUGGUCAGUACAUCUGCAUUGCAUCAAAUCCUGUCGGCUCCGCAUCAGCCACAGAUGUGGCUAGUUAUAAGGCUGGGCAGACACUUGAGGAGAAGGCAGUAGCUGCUUCUCAUGUCAGUCAUGGUUGCCCUCUUGGGUACACUCUACACGAUCCCGUGAAUGCAUGCUUCAAGGCGUACAGCCAAGCCAAGACGUACCACCAGGCCAGGGAUGUGUGCGCGGCGGACGGAGGGCUCCUGGCCAUGCCCAAGACCAGCAGCCUGAACAACUUCGUGAUGAAUCUGAUGAACGAGUUGGAUCCAGGUGCAGAAUACUGGCUUGGCUUGAACGAUCUGGGUACUGAGGGCGAGGAGGAGGAGGCUUUGGUUAUGACACCGGUAUGA